AUGUCUCCUUUUGCCUUCUUGUUGUUCUGCGUUCAAGCUUGCUUGAUCCAGAAUGUGUACAGCCAGUGCCUCGGAGCUGGACUUGGAUUGGGCUAUGCUCCUGGAUUUGCUGCUGAAUACGGUCUCGGAUGUGGAUCCGCUUUAAACAAUGAAUUCGCUUACGGCCCUGGACUCGGUCUUGGAUACGGCCUAGGUGGUCCUGUUGGCCUGGGUGCUCCUGCUGGUAUUGUUGGCCCCGCGUACGGAGGUGCAGGCAUCGGAGACGUAGCGGUCGCUGGCGAGAUGGGUGUCGCUGGUACCACUCUUAUAGCUGGUCAAGUGCCGAUUCUUGGCGCUGUCAGAUUCGGUGGCGAAGUCCCAGCUGGUGGCGUUGUUUCCAUUACUGGAAGUUGCGGCGGAAACUGCGGUUGCGGUUGCAACGGUCCCUACCUGUACUGA